AUGAGUUCCAGCACGAUCCCUUCUGAUAAGUCAGAGUUUAACAACUCGGAAAAAGAAGUCGUACCAAGGCGACCCAGAUUCGACUCCAACAUCACCUCGGAUCGAUUGAGAGAAGGCUCUGUUGUUUCACCUUCUUCGCCAAUGGGUGGCAGCAGCAUUAAAAAAGGACGGAAGUCGGUUUUUAGGGAAAUCGGACUGGUGGACGAUUGGACCGAGGACAUUAAAAAGUCCCUCGACAGCACAGACGAAAAGGAGUUUGGCGAGCUCACUGGCGUUUCCUUAGAGGAGCCGGCAUCUCCAACAGGCACAAAUGCAGAGACGACAUGCGACUCGGAUGAGUCGAGAACGCCGAGAAGAUGGUCAUCCAUAUUGAACCAGGUCAAACGGCCACGGAUCAAAGCAGGCUCGUCGGCGCCACCCCCGAGCACGUCGAGUCUACACCGAUUGACGACAAUCGCCCUGCUCAUAGCUGUCAUUCUGCCUACCAUUAGCUACCACCAUGGGCGCCAGAAGAUUGACAAUAGCGGAGUCGACGCGGGUGUUAUCCCAAACCCUCCUGCAAUAGUACUCGAAGACCGUGCAGACAGUCCAGUCGAUGUCUGCCUUCGCUGGGCACAACAAUCUGCACUGUUGAACGGGACUGUUUACAUCUACGGUGGCGAGGCAAAGUCAACCGGCGACCAGGAGACCGAUACGUGGAAUAACAACUUUCUAACCUUGGAUCUGACCAAAUCAUGGUCGACCAGCUCGCCACCUCUGACAGGUCUCUCGCAACCAUCCGGCCCGCCUGCUGUUGCCCUUGGUUAUCUGUGGAACGACUAUAAUAAUUUGUAUCUCUACGGCGGCGAGUUUGCAGAUAAUCCUCGAGUAUCGCCGGCUGCAGUAUCGACUUGGCAAUACUCGGUCGCUUCAUCGUCAUGGACGGAAUUCCAAAAUCCGCAGACAUCAUCUGGCAACUACUCAACAGCAUCGGGGAUCCCCGUCCAAAGGGCUGCCGAGGGAGCUGGAAUUUCUGUUCCCGAGCUAGGGCGCAGCUGGUACUUUGGCGGCCACCUUGACGAAGCUACCACCCCAGGAUGGUCUGACCUAGUCGCACGCGUGUACUUGAGAAGCUUGCUAGAGUUUACACACCCAGGAUAUGCGAACAAUGGUGUCGACUCUCUUCAUGCAGCUGGUGCAGCAGACGGCGGUGCAUACAGAAACAUUACUGAAGGAGGUAUUCAAGACCAAUCAGGCUUCUCUGAGAGAGCGGAUGGAGCUCUAGUCUUUGUUCCUGGUUGGGGCCCAAGUGGCAUCCUUCUUGGACUUGGUGGCGGAAGCACCGAGAACAAUGACACGGCCGACGAAUUCGCUAGCAUGUCGACCAUUGAUGUGUACGAUAUUGAAUCCAGCCAGUGGUACCACCAACAGACAUCCGGCGACACGCCUAAUGUCCGUGUCAACCCAUGCGCCGUCAUAUUCUCGGCCCCCGACGCCAGCUCCUUCAACAUUUACAUGUACGGCGGCCAGAACCUGCUGCCAGUGGCGGGCCAGACUCAGUACACUGACAUGUACAUUCUCACAAUUCCGUCAUUUACAUGGAUCAAAGUCGAUAUAGAUUCAUCGAACGAACCAGCUGCCAGAGCCGGCCAUACAUGCCACCCGAGAGACGGACAGAUCAUAGUGAUUGGUGGAUACAUUGGUAAUACCACUGAUUGCGACAAACCAGGCAUUCAUAACUUUGAUGCUUCAACGCUAGAAUGGAAAAAUUCGUUCGCGGCAUAUGACCAUGCCGCUGACUUGGACCCGGAUAAUACCAUCCUUGCUGGCAGUUAUGGUUACCAAGUUCCCGGUGUUGUUCAGAGUGUCAUUGGUGGUAGUUCGGAAGGCGGCGCCACCGCGACGACACCCGCCGUCGGCCCUGCAACUGGAGGGCCGUUCUUGACGGGAAAGCCCCCGGUUUUCACAAUAACGGCUACUGGAAGCGCAGCAACAGUAACAAACUCGGCACCUGCAUCAUCAGGCCCGUCAAGCUCCAGCUCUGGACCGAAUGGUGGCCUCAUUGCAGCUGGAGUCAUUGCCGGUCUCCUCGGCCUUCUUGCACUGUACUUGGGCUUUUGUGCAUGGCUCUACAGACGGCAGGUUGACGCAUACAAGAAGCACAUGGCCGUCGCCAACCGGUACAGUGGAGCCGAUGCCGGUGAUGAGGUGGGUCUCAUGGCCAGUGCCGCCGGUAUGCGGGAGAAGCUGCGCAAGCACCGUCGCGGCAGCUCCAGCGCCGAGAGCGCCGACCAGUUCGGCUGGGUUGGACAGAUGAGCGAGCCAAAGUGGCUUACGACCAGCGACGAGCCGUCCCCGGGAUCCGGCACCGGUGGCAGUUCCAGCGGACGGCCGCGGCCCAGCGAAGAUCGCUAUCCUUGGGGCUGGGGCGAGAAUGCCAUGGCUGGUGCUGGCGUGAACAGGAUGAAGAGCGACGCGACACGAAGUACAGCGAGUGGAGGCUCAGUGGAAGGGCUCUUGGAAGGAAGGGAGCCCAAUUUCUUCAGUGUCGUCAUGGGACCAAGGCGGGCCUUGCGGGUGGUUAAUGCUAGGGAAGACUGA